AUGGACGUCGAGUCCGGUGUUCGAGUAUUAGCAGAGCGACCUGCUGAUGACUUCGAGCCAACAGAUGAAGAGGUGAAAAACUACGCAGAAUGGCUGGGUUUGGAUCCCAAGGAGGACACGGACUUGAUGCACCUGGCCAAGGAGGGAUUGAAAGCCCCUCUGAAAGAUGGCUGGAAGCCGUGCACGAACUCGGACAACGAGAUCUUCUACUUCAACUUCGUGACGGGUCAGACCUCUUGGACUCAUCCGGCCGAUGAGGCUUACAGGACCAUGGUCCAGGAGAAGAAGAAGUCACGAGGACAAGCGGGUGUGCCCGUUGUACAUGCGCCCUACAGUGGUGUCGGUCACAUUCCCCUAGAGGGACAGUCUGCCGGUGUUUGUGGACUCGCCCGGCGGAUACUGUUUUGCUGUCGACGGAGAGACCUCCACCCUCAUGCUCAUGCUCAGUGA